AUAUUUAUCGUACCUAGAUAUAUCAUCACACCGCCUUUUGUGUCUUAUUUUUAAUCUUUUUCCCUCUUUGUUUCUGUGGGUAUGAAACUGGAUGAGCACAUGCAUCUAUUGUAUUGAUUUUAACCUUAAAAUUGCACUAGGACGACGUAAUUAAUUACCGAAUUAGUCAUUUAUUAAUAGGACUUUAAACUUUCAACCAUGGAACAACGCUUAUGGGUUUUAGUAGAGUGGGUGGAUCAUGAUUCACAAGACACAAAAGAAUUUUCAAGUUAUGGCGUGGUAAAUGUGGCUUGGAUAGAUAGCAAUGAGAUAAUCGAGGGGAAGACUGUUCUAGUUCGAGAUGGUGUUAAGGGAAAGCCGAGGAGAGGACAAGUUCAUAAGAUUUCAGAAGUGAAAAGGUAUUUAGAAGAAAUGUUGGGUGUUUUUUUGGGACGAGAUAAAAAGUUACAACAUCUGGUACCACUAGUUACGGACACGCACGAAAUAGAAAAACCAGCUGAAAUGAUCCUACCUCUCAUCAGUGAAAGUGACUUCAGACGAGAAGAUUUAAUGGAAAACAGUGACAGAGAGAACUCAUCUGUAGACUAUGUCUUCGAUAGCAGUGAUUCCGAUGAGGUCUCACCGCAAAACGAACAAAGUGGUAAUGCCUUGCAAGAAACAAAUGACAAUUAUUCUAAUACCACUCCAACCAAUCCAGAGGCAACGCUUCGAACUGAGCAAAGUCACCAAGCAUCACAAGAAGGAAAUAGAACCGAUAACACAGAAACUAAUGUAGAGGCUUCAUCCCCAAACGUUCAAAGUAGCCAAAUAUCACAAGAAAGAAAUACAAAUGACAAUAGUAACAAUGAAACGAAUAUAGAGGCGUUACCAAACGAACAAAAUGGCCAAGCUUCACAAGAAAGACCAAGAGUCGCCAAUAACACUCCAGCUAAUAUAGAGGUUGCAUCACAAAGCCACGAAAAUCGUAAUCUAUCGCAGGAAAGAAUCGACGAAUUGACGAUUUCGAAUAGUAAUACUGAAAUAAAUCAACCGGUUACAUCUCUAAACGACCAAACUGGCCAAGGAUCGCAAGAAAGAUAUAGUAACAUGGAAACUAAUACAGAGAUACCUAUCGGAAGAGGUAACGUAAUGAUACCAGCUCCACUCUUAGAUGAAAUUGAUUGGACGUCGUACUCAAAUGCCACUCGGAUGUUAUUACAAGCUGUAUUUCCAAGAGUACUACUUAAUAACUCAAUAGCGAUGGCCGAUAGGUCUGCAACAAAGUGCUUCGAUCCCGUCAUUGUGAACGACAUAGCAAACAUGGUAUCUGAAAGAUGCGCAGUGCCAAAGAGAGUAGUAAGGAGAUAUAUAACAACCAAUUGUGUUGACGAAAUUAAACUCUAUCGCAAUCGUCAAAUUUUUAAAAGGCUACGUCAACAGAACCAUGAAAUCGAUCCGCCGUCUCCCGUCUCAUCAAAUGAAGAUUCUAACACUAGUGAGUAAAAUAUAAUAACAAUAUAUAUAUCUCACAUAUAAAAUACGGAUGGCAAAUAAAUUGACAUGCAAAUAUUACA